AUGUCUGCUAUUCGUUUGGCCGCGCGCCGUCUUCCUCGCGCAUCGAGGUUUGUCCCUGCCCUUGAGUCACCGGUGCAGCGCCGAUUGGCCACCACCUCCAAUGCUCCCCAGGACCUGAACACAAAGAAGGAGACGACUUUGCCCAACCCCGACCCCGCGGCCGACUCAGUCACAUCGUCCUUCGUCAAUGAGCGCGCUCCGUUCAUGGUUUCGACCUAUGUCCGCCCGGCUCCCAUGAUGAUGAAGGGACAGGGUUGCUACUUGUGGGAUAUGGAGAACCGUCGCUACUUGGAUUUGACUGCUGGAAUUGCUGUCAACUCUCUCGGUCACUGUGACCCCGAGAUUGCGAAGAUCAUCGCUGAGCAGGCCGAGACCCUUCUCCACGCCUCCAACCUCUACCACAACCCUUGGACCGGUGCCCUGAGCCAGCUCUUGAUUGAGUUGACCAAGAAGUCCGGUGCCAUGCGCGAUGCUUCGCAGGUGUUCAUCUGCAACUCUGGAACCGAGGCCAACGAAGCCGCCAUCAAGUUCGCUCGCAAGGUUGGCCGUACCUUAAACCCCUCGGGUGAGAAGCACGAGUUCGUCUCUUUCAACAACUCUUUCCACGGCCGCACGAUGGGCGCCCUCUCCGCCACCCCCAACCCCAAGUACCAGACUCCCUUCUCGCCCAUGAUUCCGGGAUUCAAGUACGGAGAUUACAACCAGAUUGAGCAACUCCAGACCCUCAUCACCGACAAGACCUGUGGUGUCAUUGUCGAGCCCAUCCAGGGUGAGGGCGGUGUCAACAUCGCUACCCCCGAGUUCCUUGCUGCUCUGCGCAAGCGCUGCGACGAGACCGGCGCUGUGCUGAUCUAUGAUGAGAUUCAGUGCGGUCUCUCGCGUACCGGCUCUUUCUGGGCGCACGCUCACCCCUCCCUUGCCCCUGCUUCUGGCGAGGCUGCCCACCCGGAUAUCUUGACUACCGCCAAGGCCCUGGGUAACGGCAUUCCCAUUGGUGCCACCAUUGUCUCCGGUCAGUCUGUUGGCCAGCACAUCAAGACCGGUGACCACGGUACCACCUUCGGCGGCAACCCCCUUGCCUGCCGUGUGGCCCACCACAUUGUUGAGCGUCUCGCUGAGCCUGAGCUCCAGCAGUCUGUCAAGGAGAAGUCCGAUCUCUUCGUUGCUGGAUUUGAGGCUCUGCAGAAGAAGUUCCCCAAGGUUCUUUCUGAGAUCCGUGGCCGUGGUCUGAUUCUUGGUCUUCAGCUUGCACCUGAGUACACCGCCAAGGCUGGUGACAUUAUCACUGCUGCCCGUGAGCGUGGCAUGCUGAUCAUCACUGCUGGUGACGGCUGUCUCCGUUUCGUCCCUGCGUUGACCAUCACCAAUGACCAGAUCCAGACUGGUUUGCGCAUUUUGGAGCAGAGCAUCGAGUCUGUGGUCCAGGCAUGA